GUUUCCGGUUGCGACAAGAACGGUAACUUUGAUUGCUAAUGUCACAAAUGUGCCUCAAACACAAAACCACUCACAAAAACAAAAUGCAACAGAAUUAGAAUAGCCUGCUACUACUAGAUCUAUGAAUUUCACUUAGAAUCUAGAAGCUAAAAGACUUGGUCUUAACUUUAAUAGUCUAAGCUCGCAUGUUACGUAACGAUAUCUGCAGAAGUUUACAUUGGCAAUAGUGCAGUUUUUCACAAGCACAAGCACACUGAAGUAACAGUCAUUAAGCAAUUUAAUUAUUAAAGGCAGAGCAAGUUGUGUUAUUUCUACUUUUGGUGCUACCAUGUUUCACUGCAAGAAUGGAUAUUUAAUAUCUGUACGUUGGUCAAGCUCAAUCAAAUCAAUAAUGAAUGAAGAUCUGCCACGCAUCACAUGUCCCCAAAAAUUGCAAAAAGAAUACCAGAAAUAUCAAGAGAAACAGUUUAAACAACAACUUUUGUCCAAGAAGCAGUCUCGCAACAGAGGACCAAUGGUGAUUUCUUGUAAGCGUAGGAAUUAUAAUUAUCAUAAAGGAGAUUCUUUUUCUGAAUAUGAUGUUCAGAAAUUGGUAAGUUUUGGGUGGAAAAAUAAAAAAAGAGUUGGAGACAGUUUUAGCAUAGUACCCUUUUCUGAUAAUCCUUCCCUUGAUAUAGGAACUGAUAUCUCCUUCUCCGAGCUUGGAAUAAAUGAAAAAUUGUGUGCAGGGCUUCAGGAAAUGGGCAUUGUAAAACCUACUUCUAUUCAGAAAAUGGCCAUACCCACACUGCUAACAGGCAACAGUGCAUUAUGUACUGCAGAAACAGGCUCUGGAAAGACACUGGCAUACCUUCUACCAACAGUUGAAUGGAUUCUUAAGCACAGAAAUUCUAUGAAUAUGAAAGCUAAUUCUAAUUCUCCAACCUCUGUAGUACUGACUCCAAAUCGUGAACUCACUGAACAGGUGAUGUCUGUUGCAGAAUCUCUCACUCCAUAUUCCAACUUUUUUCCUUACAGCUGUGUAGGGGGAGAUAGAUUGUUGAAGAGAGAUGUGUCUAUGCCUUUUGACAUGCUCAUUACAACACCUGGGGCACUAAUUAAACAUUUAAGAACUAAGCGUGUCAACGGAUACAAUUUAAGACAUUUUGUUAUUGAUGAAUCUGACACCUUGUUAGAUGAUUCAUUUAUCUCUGACCUGCACACCAUAUUUCAAAUGCUUAAAGUCCAACCAGGCAAUGAAAUACAAGAUGAUGUCCAACUUUUACAAGGCACCCAAAUCAUUCUUACGAGUGCCACAAUGCCUGUAAGCGUGAAUAAAGCCCUGGAAUUCCUUCCUGUUGAUAAUAUGGCAAAAAUAACAACUCAAGGUCUGCAUCAUCUUCAACCUCAUGUUAUGCAAAAGUUUUUGCGAAUUAAUUCACAAAAAAAACCUGAAAAGUUGGUAGAACUGGUAAAACAAAGCCUUGAACUAAAUGAACCCACCUUGGUGUUUGCCAACGAUAACAAAACCAGUUUUUAUUUGUAUAAACUUUUAAGUGACAAUGGCAUAACUUGUUUACGGUUAAACAGUGAUUUAAACAAUGACCAGAGAAAAGGAGUUUUUCAAAAGUUUAAAUCUGGUUUUUGCGAUGUCCUUGUUGCAACAGACAUAGCAUCCAGGGGACUGGACACAACCAAUGUUCAGCAUGUUAUCAACUACAACUUCCCGACCUUUAUUUCUGACUACAUCCAUCGUGUGGGAAGGGUUGGUCGGGUAGGAGUGAAACAAACUGGACAUGUCACAUCCUUUGUCACUGAGAAAUGGGAUGUGGAGCUGGUUUGGAAAAUUGAAACAGCUGCCAGAAAAAAGGGCAAGUUAGCAGGCGUGAAUGCAAAUAUAAAAGAAAAACUAGAUAAAGAAUCUUUAUCUGAAAAUGAUCAGUUUGAUGCUGUUUUUGUAGAAGAUAAGAAAUUGUUUAAUUAAAAUUUUAAACAAUAUAUGCAUUUU